GACCAGCUUAGUUAAUGCGGGCGAACCUCAGCGACCAGGCCAGAAGAACGACGCCCAGGGAUCACUACUUCCAUCCUUCUGCCUCGCCUUGGGUCAUCCAGGCCACAUCGCAUCUCUCCGCGCCUCGGCUGUCUCCUCUCUCGGUUACUUAUCUUCACGUCUCUUCUCUCCCAUCUGAGUUUUCGGUUCCAGCCACGACUUGCCGUCUCAGCCCCGCUGAUCACGGAAGCCCUUCUGCUUCGGGCUGCCCCAUCAGCAUUAUCCACGAUGUCCGAGAGCCAGUCUGAAGCGGACAAGAUCCGCAGCAAGCGCCUGGCAAAAUUGGGCAACCCAACACCGCCCGCGCAGACUGAAGGCGCCGCAGAAUCAGCAUCCAGCCAACCAGCCUCCCCUUCGCUGUCCACGCAGUCCCCUCGAUUUCCCUCCGAUAGAUACCAUGCUCAAUCCGCAUCGAAUCCGGGCAGCGCCCCCGGCUCGUCAGCCCCUUCACCACAACUGCUGCCCCAGUCGGACUGGAAGCGGAUCAAAAUCACCCCAGCAGCCUCUGCCAGUUCGGUGCCAGACCGUUCACAAACCGUGACGCCAGUGUCCGGUACACCCCCACCGUCGAGAGCAGAAGAGACCAUCGAGGCCUUCCAGGAUCGUACGCUGAGCGCCGUCUUCAAGUUGUCCUUGAACGAGGCUCGGCAGAAGGAUAUUCACGGACAGAGAUUAACAUAUUUGCCGGGCUUGCGGAGCGAGCUCGAGGACCAGGGACGGGAGGUUCGUGUGGAUGUCUCGGUGUUGGAUCAGGCCCUUCUGGAAGCGGCCUCCAAUGCCCCCCGGCAGAAGCCGUUGGACUACCUGCUCCCCUGCUGGAGGCGGAUCUCCCGACUGCACAAAGGGUUCCGUCGGAGUCGCGAAGAUGACCCCAAGUUCAAUGCCAUCGGCGAGGCCCGCCGUCUGUGCUUGAGCUAUUGUAUCUUUGCGAUCACGAUGCCGGAGAUGUUUGGGCUCGAGCCAUCGGAGAAAUCCCCGCUCAAGCCGUAUCUCCUCUUGGACCCCGAGGAUGACAAGGGUGUCGAUUUUGAGUUCAUCGGCGAGGCCGUCAAGCGGUUCGACGAGGAUGAGAGCCUCAAGCCGGCCUUCAUCGCGGCGGUGGAGGAGAUGAGCCAGGAGCUUGCGGCCAUGACCAUCAAUGAUGACUACAAGCCAUAUAUGACAGCUCUCCGGAAUCUCGUCCGUCACGCGGUCAUCGCGGCGGCUAUCACCGAGUCGUCGAUCUUCAACGCGACUCGCGAUCCGGCUACGUUCGAGAAGAGCACGCUCCUCGGGCCAUGGUUCCGCUUGUCGCCGCUGCAGAGCAGUGUGACCUUGACUUACUUUUCCAGUCCCAAGACGAGGGAUCAGGCGUACAUCCUGAACGCACAGCGGUCGAUCCGCAUGAUGCAGCAUAUGAUCAGCGCGGACUUGCUUGAUAUCGUGAACCAUUUGAUUCGCGCGUCGAAAGAUGCCAGGGAGUGUGUUUUGGAUUGGUUCGCGGCCUCCCUGAACAUCAACCAUAAGCGUCGGGCGAUGCAAGUGGACCCUAACACGGUUUCAUCCGACGGUUUCAUGUUCAACCUUACGACGUGUCUGGACCAACUCUGCGAGCCAUUCAUGGAUGCCAGCUUCACCAAGAUUGACCGAGUGGAUGCCAACUAUUUGCAUCGCAACCCUCGGGUGGACAUGCGGGAUGAGACCAAGAUCAAUGCCGAUAAGCACGCAUCGGAUGCGUUCUACGCCAAGACGGCGGACGGUGCCUCGAACUUUAUCACCGAGAUCUUCUUUCUCACCGUUGCUGCGCAUCACUACGGCAGCGAGUCGCUGACGUCCAAGCUGGAGCAGCUCGAGAAAGACCUGCGGCACAUGGAGUCUACCAUCAACAAGUUCGAGCUGGAACGGCAUCGGUGGGUCAACAACCCGGUGCAGCUCCGCGUCUUUGAGCAGGCACUCAAGAAGUACAAGGAUAAGCUGGAUCUCGGCCUGGCCUUGAAGUACAGUCUCCAGGGCGUCCUGUUUGACGACCAAUGGCAGGCCCGGUCAAUGCUGUUCAUGCGAUACGUGAUUGUGUGGCUGCUGCGGGUGGUCUCGGGCACCAACUUCCCCAAGGAACCGAUCCGGCUCCCUCUUCCGCCGCAGCAGCCGGAGGUCUUCCAAUGUCUGCCCGAGUAUUUCCUGGACGACAUUGUGAGCAACUUCAAGUUCAUCAUGUGGUGCAUGCCCCAGAUCAUCACCGCCACGCAGGGCGACGAGCUGGUGAUGCUUUGUAUCACCUUCCUGGAGAGCUCGGACUACAUCAAGAACCCGUACCUGAAGGCGGGACUGGUGUCGAUCUUGUUCCGCGGCACCUGGCCACGCCCUGGGGGCGCUCGGGGGGUCCUGGUGGACCUGCUCAAUUCCAUGCCGUUUGCCAACGAGCAUCUGCUGCACGCGCUGAUGAAGUUCUACAUCGAGGCGGAGCACACGGGCACGCAUACGCAGUUCUUUGACAAGUUCAACAUCCGGUAUGAAAUCUUCCAGAUCAUCAAAUGCAUCUGGCCGAACACACUCUACCGCAACAAGCUGUACAACCAGUCCAAACAGAAUCUAGAUUUCUUCGUGCGCUUCGUGAACUUGCUGCUCAACGACGUUACGUUCGUGCUCGACGAGUCCUUUGGAGCGUUCAUCACCAUCUACAAGACGCAAACAGAGCUGCGCAACGCGGCGGGGAUGGAUCCCACGGUGCGGCAGCAGAAGGAAGAGCAUCUGGCGUCGGCACAGCGUAACGCCAAGUCAUACAUGCAGUUGACGAACGAGACGGUGGCGAUGCUCAAGCUGUUUACGGACGCGCUGGCGGACUCGUUUACGAUGCCCGAAAUCGUGCAGCGCCUGGCGGACAUGCUGGACUACAACCUGGAGACGAUGGUGGGACCCAAGAGCGCCAGUCUCCGGGUGGACAACCUGCAGGAGUACGGCUUCAACCCGCGAGCGCUGCUCAGUGAGAUUGUCGAUGUAUACCUGAACUUGAUGCUCAAAGAGAACUUCAUCAUUGCGGUGGCUCGUGAUGGGCGGUCGUACAAGCCGGCGAACUUUGUCAAGGCGGCGGAGAUUCUGCAGAAAUUCUCGCUCAAGUCGCCGGAAGAAUUUCAACGGUGGGAGCAAUUACAGCAGAAGGUGAAGGAGGCCAAGGAGGCCGAUGAGCAGGCCGAGGAGGAUCUGGGCGAGGUUCCGGACGAGUUCUUAGAUCCUCUGAUGUAUACCUUGAUGGAGGAUCCGGUCAUUCUGCCUGGCUCGCGCGUCUCCAUCGACCGCGCUACGAUCCGGUCUCACUUGCUGAGCGAUCCACAUGAUCCGUUCAACCGAGCACCACUGAAAAUGGAGGAUGUAAUACCUGAUACGGAGAUGAAGGCGCGGAUCGAGGCGUUCAAGAACGAGCGACUGGCGGAGCGGCGACGAGGGCUGGUGUCGGAGCAGAUGGACACGAGUGGCUGAACUGGGUGACUGGGGAUGAGAGAACACUAUAUCUAUCUAUGUUUUGGUAGUCGGCGAUUGGGUUAGAGCAAUGCUAUGGAUGUCACGUAACUACUGAAUUGUAGUGUUGCCAGCUGCUGACUCAUCUGUCUUCCGUUUGACAUCACUCACCCCCA